UGCGCUGAACGACCAACAUCCGAGUUGUUCGUGGAGAAGAGAAAUCCGCUUUGAGGAGUCCCGCGCGCGCGCGCACACACGUACACGAACUCGCGCGCAAAAGACGCACGGCGCACAUACACUUCCUCCUCCUCCACUGUGGAAAAACAGAGAGGGCACUGGAAACGCAAACUUCAACUCUCCCAUGUGGAAGGCAGAGGUUUGAGGAUAAGGUCUAUUUUUUCCUCUCCCUGGCUCCGUUCCUUGCCCCUCUCUCCCUCUCGUCCUCCCUCUUCAACUGUUUUUUGGCUGGAUAGUUGUGCUUCUAUGAGAGUCUUGGUCGGCGAGAAGAGAAGUUUGGUAGUUCUGAGGUCGGCUGAGGAGGAGGAGGAGAAGAGUCGGAUUAAAAGUGGGGGAAGAUGGUCCGCAACGCCGCUUGGAGAAGAAGCUCGCUGUGCGUCCUGGCGCUCUGUCUCAGCUUUGCGUCCCCGCCGUGCAAUGCUCGGAUUUACACCAACCACUGGGCAGUCAGGAUAGCCGGUGGACCCGAUGUGGCCGAGCGGAUAGCGGAUAAAUAUGGCUAUAGGAACAUGGGACAGAUUGGUGAUCUCAAAGACCACUAUCACUUCUUCCAUAGCCGGACUAUCAAGAGGUCGACUUUGUCAAGCCGCGGUCGCCAUAGUUUUAUUUCCAUGGAGCCCAAGGUGGAGUGGAUUCAGCAGCAGGUGGUGAAGAGGAGGAUCAAGAGGGAUUACAAGCCAGACCCGCCCCUUUCUCUGACUAGCCCCGCCCACAGCUACCCAGCCCAGAACAACAUAUUCUAUAAUGACGCCAAGUGGAGCAGCAUGUGGUACAUUCACUGUAACGACGACGUCCACAACUGUCAGUCGGACAUGAACAUCAUGGGGGCGUGGAAGAGGGGCUACACGGGUAGAGACGUGGUGGUGACCAUACUAGAUGACGGCAUCGAGAGGAACCACCCAGACCUCUUUCAGAACUACGACCCUCAAGCCAGCUUUGAUGUCAAUGGUAACGACAUGGACCCCAUGCCUCGAUAUGACGCCACCAAUGAGAACAAACACGGGACACGGUGUGCAGGCGAAGUUGCUGCAGCCGCAAACAACUCUCACUGCAUCGUGGGGAUUGCCUACAAUGCCAGAAUAGGAGGUGUGCGAAUGCUGGAUGGCGAUGUAACAGAUAUGGUGGAGGCGAAGUCUCUGAGCCUCCAGCCACAGCACAUUGACAUCUACAGCGCCAGCUGGGGACCUGAUGAUGACGGAAAGACCGUGGAUGGACCAGCAUCUCUGGCCAGGCAGGCCUUCGAGAACGGCAUCCGAUUGGGGAGGAAAGGUCGUGGCUCUAUUUUCGUGUGGGCUUCAGGAAAUGGCGGGCGCAGCAGAGACCAUUGCUCCUGCGAUGGCUACACCAACUCCAUCUACACCAUCUCCAUCUCCAGCACAGCUGAGAGCGGACGCAAGCCAUGGUACCUGGAAGAAUGCUCGUCCACACUGACCACCACCUACAGCAGCGGGGAGAACUACGACCGAAAGAUUAUCACAACAGACCUGAGACAUCGAUGUACAGACAGCCACACAGGGACAUCGGCCUCGGCUCCCAUGGCUGCUGCCAUUGUUGCACUGGCCCUGGAGGCAAAUCCUCUUCUAACAUGGAGAGAUGUUCAGCACAUAAUUGUAAAGACCUCAAGAGCCGGACAUCUCAGCGCCCCUGACUGGAAGACCAAUGCUGCUGGUUACAAUGUCAGCCAUCUUUACGGCUUCGGUCUGAUGGAUGCUGAGGCGAUGGUGAAGGAGGCAGAGCGAUGGAAGCAAGUCCCUACUCAGCACGUCUGUGUGGAGAGUGCAGACCGACAAAUAAGAACUAUUCGUCCCGAGCAUGUGGUCCGGUCGGUGUACAAGGCAACGGGAUGCACUGACAACCCCAACCACCAUGUGAUCUACCUGGAGCACGUGGUCGUACGUAUUACAAUCACACACCCUCGCCGUGGUGACCUGUCAAUCAAUCUGACCUCACCCUCAGGGACCAAGUCUCAGCUGCUUGCCAACAGGUUGUUUGAUCACUCCAUGGAGGGUUUUAAGAACUGGGAGUUUAUGACCACCCACUGCUGGGGAGAGAAGACAGCAGGCGACUGGGUCCUAGAGAUCUAUGAUUCACCUUCUCAACUCCGCAGCCAAAAAGUACCCGGCAAGCUGAAAGAGUGGUCACUGGUGCUGUACGGCACCUCUGUGCACCCAUACUCAACUCUGCGCAGCGAUAAGCCGCGCUCCACCGACAUGCUGACGCCCACUGAGGAGGAGUUCACAGAGGAGUACAACGGCCCGUGCGACUCUGAAUGCAAUGAGAACGGCUGUGAAGGUCCUGGACCUCAUCACUGCAUCAACUGCCUCCACUACUUCCUUAAGUUCAAGAACAACACCAGGAUGUGUGUGUCGGAGUGCCCCAGUGGCUUUUUCCGUGAUGACAGGAAGCGCUGCAAGAAGUGCUCCUCGUUGUGCGAGACCUGCGUUGGUAGCCGUAGCGACCAGUGCACCACAUGCAGGACUGGUUUCCACCUCAACGAGGGCUCCAACACGUGUGGCGCCAACUGCGGCGACGGCUUCUACCUCGACCAUGAUUCCAACAUUUGCCGGAGAUGUCCAGAGAACUGUAAGAAGUGCACCACCUCCAACGUCUGCACCGAGUGUAAACCUGGGAUGAGUCUUCAAGGAAACAAGUGUCAGAUGACCUGUGACCCUGGGACUUAUUACAAUGGCCACAGAAGAAAUUGUGAGCCCUGUCAUCGGGCUUGUGCCACCUGCGCAGGCACAGGUAUAGAGGCUUGCACAAAGUGUGCAGAUGGCUACUUUCUUGAGGAAUGGCGGUGUGUGUUGACAUGCAGCACGGGCUACUACCUGUCAGAGCAGACCUCAGACAACGGGCAGGUGCAGAGGUCCUGUCAGAAGUGUGACCAUAGCUGCUAUGAGUGCUUGGGGCCCGGUGAAAGGAACUGCAGCAGCUGUGUCAGUGGUUACAAUCUGGAGACAGGAGCCUGUGUGGUCAGCACUAUCUGCAAAGAUGGAGAGUAUAUGAGUCGUCAUGAAAAGUGCCACCUGUGUGAUACUACCUGUCUACAGUGCAGUGGUCCAGAGAGAGAGGACUGCACCAGCUGCCCUCCCACACGGUUCAUUGAUGAUGGAAGCUGUGUCAUCCGCUGCCAGACCGGGCGCUACGCCAUGGAGAGGCAAUGCCAUCGCUGUCACCACACCUGCCACGAGUGUACUGAUGGGGGACCUGACAACUGCACCAGCUGUGACACAGAUAAGUUCGACGUGGCCAGGUACCUCUUUCAGACUCAGUGUCGGGACGUGUGUCCAGAGGGGUUGUUCCACUCCUCCAGCAGACGGUGUGAGCCCUGUGCCGCAGACUGCCUCAUCUGUUCCUCAGCAGACUUCUGCCGCCACUGCAGCCCAGGGCACAAGCUCAGAAAUGGCCAGUGCGUCCCGUUGGAGUGCAGUGCAGGUAAAGUUGCAGAUGCUGAGAAAGAGGACUGUGUCCCCUGUGACGAGGGCUGCAAGCAAUGUGAACGCAAGGAUUCAGGCGAUCAGGAGCAGGGAACUGUUUGUCUCAAAUGUGAAGAUGGGUACUACCAGUUAGGCACAGACUGUCAUCAGUCCUGUCCAGAUCGGACCCAAAGUGUGACCGACACCAUGGUGUGCGCUCCGUGUGAAGAACAACAAUGUGUAAUCUGCGAACAGUCCCAGUGCUACUGGUGUGAAGAGGGAUUUUAUAUCUUUGAUGACAAGUGUGUGGAUCACUGUCAGGAAGGUUUCUUCGUGGAUGAGGAGAGUCGGGAGUGUGAGUUUUGUCACCGCACGUGUCGCACCUGUGGAGGGCCGCAAUAUGACGACUGUGACUCCUGCGAGGACGGAUUCACGCUGAAGAGCGGGGAGUGUUUACAGGGCAGACGGCUUGCUUCCUGCUCUGAGACACACUUCACAAACAGUCAGGGUGAUUGUGAGCUGUGCCACGCCGCCUGUAAGACCUGCUCUGCUGCGGGGAUGGCGGACUGCAACAGCUGCUCCUCUGGUCGAUUUUUGACUGCCCAUCAGACCUGCUUGUCCCAUUGUCCAUCUGGUACUUUUGCCAACCAGGCAUCCAGCCGGUGUGAAGACUGCUCGAAAGGGUGUGUCACGUGUCAAGAUGCCCAGCAGUGCCAGCGCUGCCGCAGUGGGCUCAACCUCCACAAUGCAGUGUGUGUGGUGGAUUGUCAGAGAGGGUUUCCUCAAGGUGGUGUAUGCCAGCCGUGUGUGCCAGGGUGUGCAUCCUGCCAGGGAAAUUCCUCUCACUGUCUGAGCUGUGAGAAACAGUAUUUGCUGCUGGACCGCUCCUGCAGGUCUCACUGUCCAGAGGACUAUUACGCAACCGAGACCGAAUGCCACCGCUGUGCAGCUCACUGUGGAGUGUGCAGUCAAGAUGGCCUGUGUAAGACAUGUGCUCAGUACUACUUCCUCCUUGAGGGGAAGUGUUUGGAUGAUUGUCCCAACGGCUACUUUGCCAGCGAGAACCCACAGGAGUGUGUGCAUUGCCAUGCUGAUUGUGCCUCUUGUGACGGGCCGAGCUUUGAUGACUGCGAUGUGUGUCGUAACCCGAAAGCUGUCCGUUACAAUGGAGAGUGUCUGGCUAAGUGUCCCGACAGCACUUACUAUGACGCGACUACCAAUGAAUGCAGAGAUUGUGACCGGUCAUGUCUGACCUGCUCAGGGCAUCAGCCCUCAUCGUGCCUCAGCUGCGAUACCCACAGGCGUAGAGAUGCCAGCGGGCACUGUGUGUGGUUCAGUCAGUGCUCUUUGCGCUCGUACAUGGAUCAUAAUGGGCAGUGCCAAGAGUGUCACAAACUCUGUCAUCGCUGUUCGGGACCGAGCAAAGACCGCUGCCUCAGCUGCAACGAGCCACACUUCCUCAUGAACAACACGUGUGUACAGGAGUGUUCUGUGGGUCACUAUGCAGAGGACAAAGACGAACGUGUGUGUGAACGCUGUCACUUCAGCUGUCAGUCAUGUGUCGGCCGUCACAGUGUGCAGUGUGUCGACUGUCAAUCUGGAUUCUUCAAGCAGGGAAGCAGCUGCGUGGAAACCUGUUCAGAGAGUCACUUUGGCAACACCACCACCAUGGCGUGUGAGCAAUGUGACCCCUCUUGUAGCCAGUGUGGGGGUCGCGGUAACAGAAACUGUCUGAGCUGUCGGGAGGACUACGUCUACCUGGGGCGGGGGGGGCAGUGCCUGCGGAGCUGCCCUUCAAGCUUCUACCAACACAGCCGCUCCAAGACCUGCCACCAGUGUCACCCCACCUGCAAAACCUGCAGUGAUAAGGGCGCUCUGGCCUGUCAGUCCUGUUAUGAAGGCUACACGUUUAUGGGAGGCAUCUGUGUAUCCAGAUGUCUCGUGGGCUUCUAUGCCACUUCCCAGGGCUCUGAGUCAGAGAGUGAUGAGCCGAACUGCAAGGCAUGUGACCCGGCCUGCGUUGACUGCCGGGGUCCCAGCAUGUCGAGCUGCACAGUGUGCCCCGCACUCGAGAUCCUGUUUGAUGGUCGCUGCUUGACCUGCUGUGGAAAUGAGACCCGCCGUGAUGAUGAACCGAUACCCAGGGAGUGCUGUGACUGCAAGGCGUCACAAGAGGAGUGCGUCCUUGGUGUCAACUUUGUGAUGAGACGUCUUGAAGACAUGGAGGCUCAAGGCAGCACCGCCAAGCUCCUUGUCCUGGCCUGUGUUGUGCUUAUCCUCUCAGUGGGCAGUGGGGUCUUCCUCUUCCUCAACGCUCGGUAUCGAUCACUUGCCAUUGCAUCCAACACCAAAGCGGGAGGCUAUGAGAAACUGGACACCAGUCGGCGCAUUGCCUCACAACCCCCCACCUCUUCAUUUGGGGAGUACAGCGAUCGAAUCGGUGAAUGUGAGGAAGGUGAGGAAGAUGAUGACGAAGAUAUUGUGUACAUGGGACAAGAUGGGACAGUGUAUCGGAAGUUUAAGUACGGACUGUUGGAUGAUGACGAGAUUGAGCUUGAGUACGAUGACGAGAGCUAUUCAUACAGUUGAAAAGAAAGCCCUGAGUGGAGGAGAGUAGCUCGGCCUGCCGUAUCGUUUCAGUCUAAACGUGUUGUGAACUUUGUUUUUCAUCAUUCCUCAGACGUGGAAUGUCCAUUUAAAUAUUUUUUAAAGAGUUGGAUCUCUUCAGAUCAUGUUGGCACUUUGGUCUUUGGAGAAGGAUGGUGACAAUUUCUCCAUUAUUUUAAUUAUAUUACAUUUCAAAGACACUUUAGUAAUCCAGACAGUUCCUAAUCAAUAUUUUAAUGUUAUAACAUUUCCACAUCAAUCAUGUUGGUUUCCUGUUGGAUUAUGUAACCUAUUCCGUUCAUUGGGAUGAAGAGUUGAUUAAUUUUUUGAACCACAAACCUCUGGAAAAGUUGUAUAUGUGCUGACAAUCAUAUUCAUGUGUUUGUUUACAUUUUCUAGAAAACAUUUUACCGUCGAGAAAAAAUAUAAUUUGAAGAACAACAUAAAAUGAUACGGAAAUCAUUCUCUAUUGAUAUUGAUAUUUUAAAAAAAACAAUCUUACAAACACCUUUAUAUUAGUUAAAAUGAGCAGAUUUUAUCUUUGAAUUUUCAACACAGUGACAAAUUAAAGACUACAGUUAAUUGCACAUUACAUUCUGUUAUUACAACUCAGUUAACUUCACGUUGGGAAUGAGUGUUAACGUAAUAUAAGCCCUCUGUUUCGGGAUCAUCUGGAAUGAAACUCAGAUUAAUCGGUGGUAACAUUACUGUUUGAAUUGAGUUGGACUUUGUAUCGCACUGCAGGAGUCACCAAUAUAUUCAAAGCAAACUUUACAGUGAAGUAACAACCUUGUGGGGUUCUGUUUGGGUUAGUUUACACAGAGAGAGAUAUUUUCCAACUGGUUUUGUCUUGUUUAAGCCACAGUAAAAUGCUGGCAUCUGCAUGUUCUCAGAUUAAUACUCAAAACAUGUUAAUUUAGCAGGAAAUUGUUCUUUUAGGUCUCCACCAGUUAAGUGUUUGCCUUCACCGGGACAAUAAGAGGUUUGCAUCCCACACACUGGAAAAUAAUAAACAAUUAAGAUUGGUCUCUGUGAUUGGUUGAGUUGAAACUUGCUGUGAAUCAUUGUUUCAUAAUAAAGUUGGAGUGUGCACUUUG